CCACGCCCUGUCCCGCCCUCCGGAGCAGGUGCUGCGCAGGCGGCGCCCGGCUUGGCGCGGAGACCCGAGCCGCGCAGGGAGCACGCAGCGCCGCGGGAGCCCGGGCCAGGUGGACCACUUCUUGGCCUGCAUGGCUCUGUAGAGGAUGAAGCCCAAUUCCACAGGCUCCUCCCCAGAGGCCUGCAAAGCCGCAGGCCAGGGCGAGAAGACCUGCCCCGUCUGCCAGGCCUGGGGAGGGCUCUCAGGUCCAGGGUCUGGUGUAGGGUCUGGUGUAGGGCCUGGUUCAGGGAUUGGACCAGGACCUGGUGCUCUUGUAGGGCCUGGACCAGGGCCUGGUGUGGUUCUGGGGCCUGGGCCAAGAGCUGGUGCUGCUCAAGGGCCCAGUGUGGUUCCAGAGCCUGGGCUGGGAGCUGGUGUGGUUCCAGGGCCUGGACUGGGCGCUAGUGCUGUCCUGGGACCUGGGCCAGGAGCUGGGUCAGUACCCGGGCCAGGAGCUGCACCAUCACCAGGGACUGGGCCCAGACGAGGGUCUGGGACUGGACCCAAACCCAGCGAGUCAACAACCCCAGCACCAGCACUGCAGCAGAAGACUCAACCCAAACCUACUCAGGCCCCCAGGCAGAAGGUUCUGGUGACAGGAGGAGGAGGCUACCUGGGCUUCAGCCUGGGUACCAGCCUGGCCAAGAGUGGCACUUCUGUCAUCCUGCUUGAUCUGCGCAGACCCCAGUGGGAACUGUCCCCAGGGACUGAGUUCAUCCAGGCUGAUGUCCGAGAUGAGGAAGCCCUGUACCGCGCCUUGGAAGGGGUGGGCUGUGUCUUUCACGUGGCCUCCUAUGGAAUGUCCGGUGCUGAGAAGCUGCAAAAAGAGCAGAUUGAAUCUAUAAAUGUCGGAGGCACCAAACUAGUGAUCGAUGUCUGUGUCCGCCGGAGGGUCCCGAGGCUCAUCUACACCAGCACCGUCAACGUGGCAUUUGGCGGGAAGCCCAUAGAGCAGGGCAAUGAGGACUCUGUGCCAUACUUCCCACUGGACCAGCACCUGGACCACUACUCCCGAACCAAAGCCAUCGCCGACCAGUUGACCCUCAUGGCCAACGGGACACCGCUCCCAGGAGGGGGUAUCCUUCGGACCUGUGUGCUGCGGCCCCCAGGGAUCUACGGCCCUGAAGAGCAGAGGCACCUACCCCGCGUGGCGGGCCACAUCAAGAGGAGGCUGUUCGUGUUCCGAUUUGGGGACCGCAGGGCACGGAUGAACUGGGUCCACGUGCGCAAUCUGGUGCAGGCUCACGUGCUGGCGGCAGAGGCCCUCACCGCGGCCAAGGGCUACGCGGCCAGCGGGCAGGCCUACUACAUCAAUGACGGGGACAGCGUCAACCUCUUUGAAUGGAUGGCACCACUGUUUGAGAAGCUGGGGUACCGCCAGCCAUGGAUCCAGGUGCCUACUUCCUGGGUUUACCUGGCAGCCACCGUGAUGGAGUACCUGCACCUGAUCCUGCGGCCUGUCUGCAGUGUCCCCCCGCUGCUCACUCGAAGCGAGGUGCACAGCGUGGCAGUGACGCACACCUUCCAGAUCGCCAAGGCCCGGGCUCAGCUGGGCUACUCUCCUGACAAGUUCAGCUUCGCUGACGCUGUGGAGCAAUACCUGCAGUCCACGACCAGGCAGCCCAGCAGCUCCACAGCGCGGACGCUCCUGCGCCUGCUGCUCGGGCUGCUGCUUCUCCUUGGCCUGCUUGGCCUUGCCCUGCACUUCCUAGGCCUGCAGCCUUUGCAGGUGACCGUGCAGCACCUCUGA